GGGCAUGGACGCGGGGCGCGCUGCCGGCAGGGACAGCGCCGAGGCGGGGAGAGGAGGAGCGGGUGACUUCGUGUCCGCCCUUCCUCCCGAGAUCAGCUCCCGGAUUUUCAGCGGGCUGGAUGUGGAGAGCUUGUGCCACGCGUCCGUGACGUGCAAGGGCUGGCACCGCGCCAUCGAGGGCAACGAGCGGCUGUGGCGGCACCACUGCCUGGCCGUGCGCGCCGUCUGCCAGCGGGAGAUCGACAACGACCGGGGGAACGGCUACUCCUGGAAGAUUACAUUGUUGAGAAACUACUGGAAAAGCAAAGUGAAGCAAGAAUGGCUUAGUGGGAAAUACAGUAACAUUCCUUCACAAUUCAGCUUGCCAGAGAAAAGUAUGUAUCCAAUGGACGUUGAUACCUGGGGAGAAAUCUUGGAAGCAGAACUUGAGAGAUGAGAAACUGGUGCUAAUUCUUGCAACUCAAGCAACUUUUGCCAAUAGCACAUGCACUGUUUGGCAGUUGCAAAACUGAUUUUGAAUGAUUUUGGACUGAUAAUGAAUUUAUGAUGGAAGCUUCUCAAAAAAAAAAAAAAAAAA